AUGGUCACUGGAUUCCAGCUGAUGGACACCUUUGGGCUGUUUGCCGCGAAUCUGGUUGCUGGUGGAUUCUCUUCAUAUCGAUCCGAAGAACGUCGGAUGGAGGCUAAUGUUCCGAUAUUCCAGCAAUUGUCCGGCAUCAACACAUUAAUGCAUUACUGUGGAACGAUUAUUCGAUCGGCUGGUGUGAAAGACAACUACAUAACCUUGAUCUGGAUCUCGGCUGCUGUUUCGAGUAUCAACUUCUUCUGCACCUUCAUUCCAAUUGCCCUUAUCGACCGAUUGGGGCGACGAGUUCUAUUCUUGAUCUCAGAUUCCUCCCCAAACUUCAAAGCUGAACAAUACAACGUGGAUAAUAUGUAUGAUCCAACCGUCAAAAAUGCCGACUUCUGUAGAAAGUUCAGUAAUUGCGAUUUCUGCGUGACGGCUGAUAGCUGUGGAUUUUGCGAGGAUCAUGACACAAAAACGGGCUGGUGUCUACCGUUUCCGGACAAAAAUUCGGACAAGUAUUCCGCGACUGGCGCAUGUUUGAAUGGAGAUUUUACCGUUAAUGGCACCAACGCGAAAUUCGAGUGGCAAGACACGUACUGUAAAUCGAAAUUCACCUGGAUGCCGAUUGUUAUUAUGGUGCUGUAUUUGGGGUCAUUUUCGAUUGGGUACGCCCCGAUGCCGUGGGUGCUUAACUCGGAAUUCUAUCCGUUGUGGGCCAGAUCAACUUGCGUAUCGAUUUCCACGGCUUCGAACUGGAUUUUCAACUUAAUUAUUUCGCUCACGUUUUUGUCGUUGUCUCAGGCGCUGACAAAAUAUGGAACUUUCUUCCUCUACGCCGCCCUUACUGUAAUCGCGCUGGUUUUUGUGUUUUUCUUUGUUCCCGAGACGAAGGGGAAGAGUUUGGAUGAGGUUGAAAUGUUGUUCAUGACAGAAGACGUGCGAAAAGAGCGUUUGGCCCGGAUACAGGAGAAAGGCAACAAAAACGGCCGUGACCGCGAGAGCUCGAUGCGGGACAAAUUC